GGGCCCGCGUCUGCUCCCUGAGUGCCCCGCUUCUCUCGUUUGGGCAGUGCAGCGCCGCUGGCUCCCUUGGCGUUACGGGGAGUCUCCUGGGCGGGUUCCAAGGGCUUUGGGGAGCGAAGAAAGUGUCCAGCGCUUGUGACGCCCGGGAGCCCUGCAGAGCCAGCACAGCUAAGGGAGAGGGAGCUGGGUUCCAUCCUGUGCAUUAGCACUGCAGGGGAAGACUUGGUCCUAGGAACAGAUGAAGAUAAUAUGGGGGAUGGUUGCUCUCAGAAGCUGGCUUCUGCCAAAUACCUUCGACUUUUGCUACUAAUACUGAUUCCAUGCAUCUGUGCUCUCAUCCUCCUAUUGGUGUUCCUGCUUACCUUUGUAGGUAUAUUAGAAAAAACAUGUUUUUAUUCAAAUGGGAGUGACCUUCUAGCUGCUGGUGGUAACAUUCGAACAUCUGACAUUCCUUUUCCAAAUAUUGUUGAAACUGGUUCGGAUGUGGUUCCCACAGUGGAUCUCAAAGUGCUGCCAUCAUCCUGGACCCAAAGCCCUUUAUCCCAUAUUGACCAAAUGCAUGAAAACUUAAGUAUGUUUAGGCAGGCCUUACAGGAAGAUUCCUUGGCUCCUAUUACACCAGCCCCACCAUUCAACACCACUACUACAGAUGUUGGUAUUUUGACCAGCGCCCCUGAAGACCAUACGUGGUCAUUUGCCACUACAGAGGAGAAAACUCUUUGGUCCACAGACACAUCCAUCAAGAUCACAGACAGGAUAUCCUCUCUACCUACAUUAAGUUCUAUCCAUCCAGCUGCUGUACAAGAAAUGAAUCUGAAAAAAAGUGCCUGCAUAAAUAUCACGUACAGCCAGUGCCAAAUGCUGCCAUAUAACCACACCACUCUAACAUCAGUUCUUUCCAUUGUCAAAAGCAUUGAAAUGGAAAAGUUCCUCAAGUUCUUCAGUUAUCUCAACCGCCUCAGCUGCUAUCAACACAUCAUGCUGUUCGGCUGUAGCCUUGCUCUUCCUGAGUGCAUCAGUGAUGGUGAUGACAGUCGAGGACUCCUGCCCUGUAGAUCAUUUUGUGAGGCAGCAAAGGAAGGUUGUGAACCAGUUCUGGGGAUGGUGAAUUCUUCGUGGCCUGAGUUCCUCAGAUGCUCCCAGUUUCAAAACAGAACUGAAAAUGACAACACCACGAGGGUCUGCUUCUCGCCAUGGCAAGAGAGAGGAAAACAAUUGCUGUGCGGAGGAGAUGAGAGCUUCUUAUGUGCCAGUGGAAUCUGCAUCCAUGGGAAACUACAAUGUAAUGGCUACAAUGACUGUGAUGACUGGAGCGAUGAGGCACAUUGCAACUGCAGUGAUGAUGUGUUCCGCUGUACUACUGGGAAAUGCCUCAAUUACACCUUUGUUUGUGAUGGAUAUGAUGAUUGUGGAGACCUGAGUGAUGAACAAAACUGUGAUUGCAAUCCAUUGAAGCAACAUCGAUGUGGAGAUGGAAGAUGUAUAACGGUAGAUUGGGUAUGUGAUGGUGACCAUGAUUGUAUAGACAAGUCAGAUGAAGUCAAUUGCUCAUGUUACAGUCAGGGUCUGGUGGAGUGCAGAAAUGGACAGUGCAUUCCCAGUGCUUUCCAGUGUGAUGGGGAUAAUGACUGUAAAGAUGGAAGUGAUGAAGAUAAUUGCAGUGAAAAUAAGGGUCAAACACCAUGUCAGGAAGGGGACCAGAGAUGUAUUGAUGCUUCCUGCCCUGAUUCUUGUGGCACCUCUUCUCUCUGUGACAUGAACAAUGGCCAGACAAACUGCAGUCAGUGUGAACCAAUUACUCUGGAACUCUGCAUGAACCUGCCUUACAACUAUACUAACUACCCAAACUACUUGGGCCAUAGGACUCAGAAGGAAGCCUCCAUCAGCUGGGAAUCUUCCCUUUUUCCAGCCUUGGUUCAGACUAACUGCUACAAGUACCUUAUGUUUUUUGCCUGUACAAUCUUGGUGCCAAAAUGUGACCCUCAAACAAAUCAGCGUAUCCCACCCUGCAGGACGCUGUGUGAGCAUUCCAAAGAACGCUGUGAAUCUGUGCUUGGAAUUGUGGGCCUGCAGUGGCCAGAAGACACAGACUGCACUCAGUUCCCAGAAGAAAACUCAGACAACCAAACCUGCCUAACACCUGACGAGGAUGUGGAAGAGUGCUCACCCAGUCACUUCAAGUGCCGUUCUGGAAGGUGUGUCUUGGCCGCCAGAAGAUGUGAUGGCCAGGCUGACUGUGAAGAUGAUAGUGACGAGGACAACUGUGGUUGUAGAGAAAGGGGUCUUUGGGAAUGUCCAUCGAACAAGCUGUGUAUCCAGCAUGCCAUGAUCUGUGACGGCUUUCCAGAUUGUCCUGACAAGGUGGAUGAAAAGAACUGCUCAUUUUGCAAGGCGGAUGAGCUUGAAUGUGCCAGUCAUGAUUGUGUGCCACGUGAGCUGUGGUGCGAUGGGCAGCUAGACUGCAUGGACAACUCAGAUGAAUGGAACUGUGUGACCCUAUCUAAAAACACAAGCUCUUUGGCAUUCCUGACUAUUCACAGGUCAGCUACUGACUACCAUGUUUGUGCUGAUGAGUGGCAAGAAAAGUUAAGCCAACUGGCCUGCAAUCAAAUGGGUUUAGGGGGGCCGUCUGCAACAAAAAUUGUACAAGAAAAUGAGCAACUACACCAUCAAAAGUGGCUGAAUCUGCCCUCUGACUGGAAGAAUAACAAUGCAUCCACGUUACCUGCCCUUCUAGUGAAAGGGCAGUCCUGUCAAAGCAGAAGUAAAGUGUCCCUUCUCUGUAGCAAAAAAGAUUGUGGCCGUCGCCCUGCAGCUCGCAUGAGCAAGAGGAUCCUUGGCGGCAGGACUAGUCGUCCAGGACGGUGGCCAUGGCAGUGCUCUCUGCAGAGUGAACCAAGUGGGCACAUAUGUGGCUGUGUUUUGAUUGCAAACAAAUGGGUACUGACGGUAGCACACUGCUUUGAGGGGAGAGAAAAUGCUGCAGUCUGGAAAGUGGUGUUUGGUAUAAACAAUCUGGAUCAUCCAUCAAUCUUCAUGCAGACCCGACUGGUGAAGACGAUUAUCUUGCAUCCACGCUAUAAGAGAGCAGUAGUUGACUAUGAUAUCAGCAUUGUAGAACUAAAUGAAGAUAUCGAUGAGACAAGUUACGUAAGGCCAGUCUGCUUACCCAGCAGGGAGCAGUUGGUUGAGCCAGAUACCUACUGCUACAUCACAGGCUGGGGACACAUGGGCAACAAAAAUUUUUUUUCAGUGCCUUUUAAACUUCAAGAAGGAGAAGUUCGUAUUAUUUCCCUAGAACAAUGCCAGUCAUAUUUUGACAUGAAGACCAUCACCAACAGGAUGUUAUGUGCAGGCUAUGAGUCUGGAACUGUGGACUCUUGCAUGGUUGUGUUUUUCCCUCUCCCAUUACAGGGCGACAGUGGAGGACCUCUUGUUUGUGAGCAGCCUGCAGGACGCUGGACAUUGUUUGGUUUAACCUCGUGGGGCUCUGUCUGCUUUUCCAAAGUUUUGGGACCUGGAGUUUAUAGCAAUGUGUCACACUUCAUUGAAUGGAUUGAAAGACAAAUAUACAUUCACACCUUUCUACUAAACUAAUGCCAGAAGGGUAGUGUUGUGCUGGCAUACAAGAGGCAAAAAUCAUUGGCCUUUGAAGAUUGCACAACCAAGAAACUUAAGAGAAAGUUACAAGCCCUGUGUUGUUGAUGGAGAGGUAUGGAAAAUGCAGCAUAAAUAAAUUGAUUAAACACUCUGCCCCUGAAGCUACAUUGGGGCAGAGCACUAUUUUUGCAAUCCUUUUUGACUUUUCCUUUAGCUCCAUUGUGUGCAUUCCAAGCACAACCCAAGGCUUAAAGGAAGAAUCAGCUGAUUUUCUGCCUUUCAGAUAUUUAAAUUAAGCUGUAGCACAGACUUAGUAAAACUAUAAAACUUUUUGGGAAAAAUAAACAGUAGCACACAGUUUUAGCCUACAAUUCUUGCAGUGAAGAAUAAAAUCAAUACAUUCUCAAAGAUGACAUUGAGGUCUAUAUUAAAAUUAGCCCUCUGCUACCUCGAGUUUGCUCCUGUGUUAGCUUAGCAGGGCCUUGCCAAAAAUACAACCAGCAUGGGAGAAUGUGUAGUUCUUUGAGACAACUGGUAAGUGGAUGCUUUAGAUACUGUCACACUACAAUUAGUUCAGACUACUGUUAGGUGAAACAUUUACCUCUAAAAUUCAGUAACUUCUGCUUUGAUUAACCUAAUGUAACAUGUACCAGAUAGUUUACUAUAGAAAUAUUCACUGUAUUCAUAAAUAUUAAUAGUGUUAUGGACUUUUAAGUCACUGUUGCAUUGCAGUGUCACUAUGAGAAAGAAAACCUAGUGACAUGACAGUAUGUUUCAUUGUAUAUUAUGGGCUUAGGGGACGGUAAAAUAACUCUCCCCGAUCUCUAAAUAAUACAGCUGGGUCCACAUUUCUCUAGUUCAGGGCUGCAUCUAACUCAUGCAAGAUGAGCUAGAUUGUCAACAUCCUAAUCUCAAAUGCAAAAAGGUGUGGAAAUUACAACUUCCAGUAGCCCAGGCUCCAGCUUUCUCCAUAGGCUCACCUGGUGUAACCUGGUGUAGCUCAGUUAAAGUCAAAGGAACCAUACUAUACAAACCCUCUGAAGCUCCGGCCCUUAAGGGCCAGUUUGACAGCCUUGCAAUAAUAGAUUGGAGCUGGGUUCUGAAAUACAGGAUUUUUUAGGAAGUUUUGUUUUCAGUAUUAGGAAAAAAAUUGAAAAGAUGCUGUCAUGAAAUGAACAGCCUCUCCUGCCAUCUCUGUUCACCAAAAGAGGUACUUAAAGUUGGCUUUGAUUUUAUUGUAAAGCACUGGAACACUGACAGCCAAUCUAUGUACAUGUAAGCACUGCCAAGAAAUAAUAGUUAAGGUAAUUUCUUAUUUCCUCAUUGAUUACUUGGGCCUCAGCCUACCACCAGUUUUCAAGCAGAACUCCCCAGUAAAAUAAAUGAAUUUGCUUAAAAUCCAGUGGCACUAUAGUCCACUGAAUAUAAUCACCUUUGUUAGGAAAGAAUGCAUCCCAAGUGGCAUUAGAAAGGAGUAGACAGUUUUUUUCCCAAAUCAUUUCUGCCACAACAUUCCAUGAAAAGAUAUUUGUAAUUUUAUAAAUGUAUUUUUAUACUGCUUUUUCCCCCUCUACAUGUGCACAUAAUAGUGUAUGUAGGUUUUAGAGAGUCAAACUUACUCCCUCAUUCCAAUGUAUUGGUCCUUUCCUGUGUAUUGUCAUCUCUCUGACAAUCAGAAUUAUCUAACAAUUGUAUCCCCAUUUUAAGGUGAUAAAAACACAUUUGUUGUUUCACUUCUGUCACAGCUACAGCUCCACAUGGAAUUAACAUUGCACCAACUAGGCAGAUGUGUUUAUUUCUACCCAUAUUAAACAAAUAUGUACAACACUUGUCCAAUAAUUUCUGUGAUCUAAAAUAAACACGUUUUUAUUCUUGCCAGAGACUCAGUUCAAAUGGAAGGAGUUAGAGGCAAGGCUAUACCUCUACUCUCGUGAUUGUGUGUUUCAAAUAGCCCUGAAAGCAUAUUGGCAUACAUGUGCCAAGCUGCUCCCCGUACCACUGCUAGCCUCUCAGCACAGAAUCGGUCUGCUCAGGUUCUGUCUCUACAACUUACCCAUAUUUCUCAUGGGUGUUAUCAAUACAAAACAUUAAUAGGAAGAUAAGAAGUGUGACUGCUUACAAAUAUUUUGGAUUAAAUUACAUUUUUGUAGUGGGAAAAAAAAACCCUUACUAAACCCUAUAAACUUCUCUGAAUAUCUUUAGAUCAGUAUUUCUCUGCUGACAUUAUUUCAAAAUGAUUAGCCUUAGUACGGACAAACAAUAGGCAGAGUUUCAGCACUAUGUAAAUGUGCAGAGAGCAAAAUACAGCCACUCAACUCACCAGUAGUAGUGUAACAGAACUAGACAUAAAGAUUACAUGAAGCCUUCCAUCCCCUGUAUGUUACAGUUCUACUUUCACGACUUUGAAUCAACUUGUAUGAUAGCCUGAGGCUGCUAGUGCAUUUUUACUGAAAAGCUAUGCUUGAGGUGAAUGAUUAUUUUCCACUUUGUACAAGAACACAAAGUUAAAGUUAAUGCUUCAGUGUAACUAACCUUUCAACUUCACACUAAUGUCUAAGACACAUACAUCAUAGAUGGAGUGAGAACAUCUGACUAGCAAACUGGCCUCAUUAACACCCUCUGUGUUUUUUCCCCAGCUUUAAUGUCAAGCCCCUUGUCAUGGAGUGGCCCUUUCACUUCCCAGGUGCCCUCUGGUGGGCUCACAGCAGCCCUGCAAGCAGUCCCUCACCUCCGUUUCUCCUCUUGGUGCCUCAAAAAAGAGGUUUUCCUAAGUCCAGUAACAUAAACCAGAUCCUCAGGAAGGCUGUUAACGUAAAGUUCAAAAUCAAACACAAUCUUCCCUCCAGCCUCAAUCUGGACACAGAUCCAAACUCCCCCUGUGUCUCAGGAUCUUCCCUGCUAUAUAGCUUCCUAGCUGGGGCAUCUUCCCUGCAGGGGGCUCUCGCUCUCUAGUUUCCUGAACUCCUCUCCACCCACAUUUCCCCCUGAGGACUCUAUAGCUUCCUGCUGCUUUUACUGGGGAAAAUUGGGAUUCUUACUCAGGUGUGCCUCUUUAGUAAUCAGGGUUGGUUGACCCCUGGCCUUUAGUCUUUAAGGGGCAAGCCACCUAUUAUACCCCUUGAAAGCACUACUGUUUGCACAACUGGGCUAUGGACAGUGGCUAAGUAUUGCUAGGCAUAAAGUCUACGGCAAUCAGAAAUAGUGAAACACUUUAUAAUCUCCCUGUUACAAAAAUGACAGUGGCUGGUGGUGUGUGUGCUCAAACUCCAUUCAAAUGGUGGGAGCUGGUUGUCUAUGCUGAGACUAGUUACACAGAUUCACCUUUUUACAACAGUCAAACUACGUAAAGAAAAAAAACUUGCUAUGCUGGAAAACACCUAUUAAAUGAAGGGCAUGACUUACUUACCAGUCUGCAAAACAGUUUUUGUCUUAAGAUUUAAUGCUGCUAUUGUUAAGUUUUUGGGUUUUUUUAAAAAACAUUUCCUUUAUGGUUCUCUACUUUUGGAGGUUUAUAGUAACAUUAAAAUUUGCUCUGGAAAACACUAAUAUAAAAAAAAAUCAAAACUCAAGUCAAUCAGGAUUUGCUUGUACUCAAGAAAAGUAAUCAAUGAGGAAAAAAAAACAAAAACCAAAAUUAAAAAUGAAUUAAUAAAAAAAGGGGGGUUGUGCCCAUUUUUAUGCUACAUAAAGGUGGCCAGAAAAAUAGCUUUAAAAGACUUAUUUUUAAAAAAAAUUAGAAGUUCAGGUCAUCUAUAGCCUGGGAAACCUAGUGCUGAUGGAUGAAAAAAAGUGAAGUGGUGACAUCCCAAGUCCUAACAUUUAGCUGUUAAAGAGACAUUUACUCAAACUGAUUAAAAACAUUAAUUUGUAGGGCUAAUCUACAGAAUUUAAAAAAAUGUGUAGAUUAACUGUAUAAGUGCAAUGCUCUAGGCCUGGUCUGUACUUAAAAAGUUAGGCUGACAUAACUACCACACUCAUGGGUGUGAAAAGUUCACACCCCCCCCCAAAGCCAUAGCUAUGCCAACCUAACCCCCACUGUAGACACACUAGGUCAAUGAAAGAAUUCUUCUGUCAACCUGGCUACCGCCGCUCAAAGAGAUGAACUACCAGCAUCAAUGGAAAAACCCCUAUCACGGCUGGGAGCAGCUACACUACGGGGCUACAGUGCCCUAGCUGUGCAUACUGAAAAUGCAAUACAAGUGUGGAUGCAGUUUAUACCAGUAUAAAGAUGCAUACAGUCCCGAUAUUUGGGGCUGUGUGUUAAAUAGGUGCCUAUAACCCCACCCCUGUCCCAAUUUUUCAUAUUUGCUGUCUGGUCACCCUAUUAUGCUACAAUGGAUUCUCAUAAAAUGACUUAAGCCCUCUCUAAAUCAAGGAAAAAUAGACCUGUAUGUUAUCAGAUUACAGUGCACUGGUAUAAACCUUUUGUGCUGGUGCAGCAUGUUUUCAUUAGAGUUUUGUGCCAGUGCAACUAUGUAGUUUUGUAGUGUAUUUUACACACACACACACACACACACACACAGGUGCAGGAGAUGGUUCCUCAGUUUUUCUGAAAUCCUUCCGCUUAGCUGUUCAGCAUAUUUCAUAGAAUCAUAGAUUAUUAGGGUUGGAAGGGACCUCAGAAGAUCAUCUAGUCCAACCCCCUGCUCAUAGCAGGACCAAUCCCCAACUAAAUCCCCAAAUGGCCCCCUCAAGUAUUGAACUCAAAACCCUGGGUUUAGCAGGCCAAUGCUCAAACCACUGAGCUAUCCCUCCGUAGUCAGAAGGUUAGACUUCAGAAAAACUGAGGAACUAUCUCCUGCACCUCACAUGUUUUCUUGCACCAUCUGUUCUACCUUUGUAUUUAGCUGUGA